AUGAAGUUAUGGAAAGGUGCUACUUUUGCCUUCAUGCUCUGUGGCGCAGCCCUGUCCAUCCUCCUCGUUAAAAACACGGCCACUAUCGGAAAGUUCAAACCAAAGACAAAAUACCCGUACUUGUCUUCAUCCUCUACAAGACCAACGUCAACCUCGCGAUCAUCAUCCAAGACCUCAACGCCAUCCCCGUCGUCAGCCGAAUUGACAGUGCUGUCCCGGCAGAUGGGUGGUCCUCAUCGGAGAAUUCGCUCAGUGGACGAGAUGAACUCUCUCCUCUCAGAAUUUUCCAUGAUGUUACAGAGCUUCACCGAGGGCGAGCUUCAGCAUGUGGUGGAAACCUUGCUCGACAGGAAGAGAAGGAAGCGCCUGGGGGAGAACCAGGCCCGAAGGACUAAAAGAGCCCGGAGGCCUAAGCCCUGCUCACUGAGGGAGCUGGAGCUGACCGUGAGUGAACUGGGUCUCGGCUACGAGAGCGACGAGACAUUGAUGCUGCGCUACUGCAGCGGCAAAUGCUUGGCCCACCGGCACAACUACGACAUCACCAUGGAGCACAUGAUGCGGAUUGGCUUCAGGAAGAAGGGUCGCAAGGACAAGGUGAGCAACAGACCCUGCUGCCGACCCACCGCUUUCGAAAAAGACUUUUCCUUCCUGGACAACAAGAGCCGCUAUCACACGAUACAAAAUGUCUCGGCGAAGAACUGUGGGUGUGCAUGA